UAGUAUCCACACAAGUUUUUGUUCCAAAUUAACUCAACUCAACUUGCUUUCAACUUCAUCGAAACACUUUCUUUCAGUUUCCGAUGGCCACCAUCAUCGAAUCCAUCGCCGUCGUCUCUCGCACUUCUGCCUCCAUAGCACCCGCCGUUGCUCUCCGGAGUUCUCCCAAGUUCCCACGUUACGUGGGCCUCAGACCCAACCCCAAGCCCAGGCCCAUUUUCUCCACUCACUGCAUUGCUUCAAGAAUUGCUAGCCGCAAUUCACGCGUAGUGUGUGAGGCUCAGGAUACCGCUGUUGAUGAUGUGCCUGCUAUCACCGAUGCAAAUUGGCAAUCACUUGUAAUCGAAUCUGAAUCUCCCGUUUUGGUUGAAUUCUGGGCUCCAUGGUGUGGUCCAUGCAGAAUGAUCACCCCUAUAAUUGAUGAACUAGCAAUACAAUAUACGGGAAAACUCAAGUGUUACAAACUCAAUACCGAUGAGAGUCCUUCAACUGCUACCCGGUACGGAAUUCGAAGUAUUCCGACAGUUAUGAUCUUCAAAGAUGGUGAGAAAAAAGACACAGUUAUUGGAGCUGUGCCCAAGUCAACACUGACAUCCAGCAUAGAAAAGUUCUUAUAAGUGGUAAUGUAAUGAAUACGUUAACCUCCUAGAAAUAAAGAGCUAUCUUUCCCUUUUAGUUGUUUCUUUUCCAAGUCCAUGUAUCAUGUUUCCAUAAAUUUGCUUACUUAAAAUACUCAAUUAUGCUCUUGUAUAGUUUUUAUCAGAUGCAACAUUAUUUUAUGUGUUUAGAUUAAUCUAGUUACUGAUGUGUUAAAGUA